GCACCAGUCUUUACGCGAGCGGCAUCAUUGGUUGAGAACGCGUGCGUGUCACCGAGAAGACGGACGAACCAGUAAACAGCUUAUAACGAACACCAGUAUUCCUGCCGGUUUGGGUCCCUGUGAUCGCUUUCGGCAGCAGCUUUUUUUCCCCCCUUUCUCCCGACCGGAGCUGUCCGCGGUGCUGAAACAUGAACCAAAGCGCGGGAGCAGCGCAGCACACCCGGCGGUUCUCAAGUGAAGAAAAGGACAUAGGACCUAUUGGACCAGACAGAAACUGGAAGGGCAUCGGCAUCUCCCUGCUGGUUAUUGUGGCAGUGCUCUCUCUCAUUGGUCUGUCCAUCGUUCUGCUGUCUAAAGAAGAUGGUGGGAAACCCUUCGGUUCACAGUUGACACUGGAUGACCUCUUUCAAAGAAACUUCCAGAUACAUGAUCCUGAUGCAGAGUGGAUCAGUGAUGAGGAGGUCAUCUUUCGGAGCUGGGAUGGAGACAUUAUGAAAGUCAGCACGAACAGCAACGAGACAGAGCUCCUGCUGAAAAACACAACAUUUGCAACUUUUAAGGCGUCAAAGUUUGCAGUUUCUCCAGAUCUGAACUAUGUUCUUCUGGGAUAUGAUGUCAAGCAGAUCUUCCAGCACUCUUUCUUGGCCUCGUACCUGAUCUACAACCUGUAUACAAGAGAGGUGCGGGAGCUGAACCCUCCGGAGGUGUCCGAUUCAGUCCUCCAGUUUGCCUCGUGGGGCGUUCACGGCCAGCAGCUGAUAUAUAUAUUUGAAAACAACAUUUACUACCAAACGGAUGUUCAGAGCAGCUCGUGGAGGCUCACGUCUUCUGGACAGGAGGGAGUCAUCUUCAACGGCAUCACGGACUGGCUGUAUGAGGAGGAGGUGUUGCACACGCAAGUGGCCCACUGGUGGUCACCUGACAGCUCCAGACUGGCCUAUCUCACCAUCAACGAUUCCCUGGUUCCCAACAUGCUCCUGCCCUGGCUGACAGGCUCUCUGUACCCCAGGGGGAAGGAGUACCCUUACCCAAAGAUGGGACAAAUCAAUCCCACCGCCAGACUCUAUGUUGUCAGUCUGGACGGCAGCUCCCUCACAACUGAGCUGAGACCUCCUGACAGUUUUGAAAAGAGUGAGUACUACAUCAGCAUGGUGAAAUGGGUGACACAGGAUAGGCUGAGUGUGCGUUGGGUGACUCGAGCUCAAAACAUGUCAAUACUUUCACUGUGCGAUGUCACAACAAGUGACUGCACCAAGAAGCAUGUGGAGACGUCAGAAAAGUGGCUUGAUCGUCAGAAUGAAGAGCCAGUGUUUUCCAAGGAUUGCACAACGUUCUUCAUCACUAUGCCCUUAAGACACGGUGGUCGCGGGACAUUCAACCACAUCACCAUGAUCUCUAACCAAUCUGAGGGUGAAGAGGUCAACCUCCGCCACCUGACCUCAGGAAGCUGGGAGGUCUCUAGAAUUCUGGCCUAUGAUGAGAGCACAAACUCACUUUAUUUCCUAAGUACAGAGGAAGGCUCAACACAACGGCAGUUCUACAGAGUCUCCACACUGGAUCCAUUUCAUAAAGAAUGCCUCACCUGCUCCCUCUUCAAACCAAAGUGCACCUACUAUGACACCACCCUCAGCCCAGACUAUCAACAUGUUCUCCUCCACUGCAGAGGUCCUGGAAUACCCCAAACUACUCUUCACAGACUGAGUGAUAUGAACAAGCACAAGACUGUGGAAAGGAACGCAGCGUUAAGACAUGCGCUGAUAAACAGGGGGAUACCCAAUUGGGAAAGAAGAACCGUACAAAUCAACAACUUUGCACUUCGUCUGGAGUUGAUUAUCCCAAUAGGUUUGGAUGAAACAAAGGAGCACCCGCUGUUACUGAUUCUGGACAGCGCCCCCGGUGGUCAGGCUGUCAUAGACCGCUUCUCUCUCAGCUGGGACUCGGUGCUGGUCAGCUCAGACAGCGUCCUCGUGGCUCGUCUGGACGGCCGGGGCAGCGGCUUCCAGGGUCAGAGGGUCCUGCACGAGGUUCACCAGAGACUGGGAACUGUGGAUGUUCAGGACCAGAUCACAGCUCUGGAGCACCUGGUCAGACUACCCUACAUCGAUGGCAACAGAGUUGGAGUUUAUGGAAAGGCGUAUGGAGGAUUUCUUUCUGCUCUCCUGCUCCUGUCCCACAGUGCCAUGUUCCGGUGUGGCAUCGCUGUCGCCCCCAUAACAAACUGGAGACUCCAUGGGUCGGCCUACACCGAGAAAUACUUUGGCUUCCCGGCAAAAGAGGAUCACAAAUACCAGAUUUCCAGUCUGCUCAGAAACAUCACAGCACCGAGUCCUCUGAACUUCCGUAUUAUCCAUGGCACAGCAGAUGCCACUGUUCAUUUCCAGCAUUCUGCUGAGCUGGUCAAACUGCUGUCUGCGUCGAAUGUUAACUACACUCUCCAGAUUUUCCCAGAUGAAGGACACAACAUGGCCUCCACCAAGAGCCAACACUACAUGCUAAGCUCAGUGCUCACCUUCUUCAAGCUCUGCUUUGAGGAGGAGCAGGUUGUCGUCGUGGAGAAAUCUAAAGACCAUGACUAACCCAUAGAAGGUCCUACAAUGAAAAGUGAAGAGUGUAGCAAUUGUUGUCAUGAGCCGACAAAGAGGUUGUGUUCUCCUGAAGGGCAUCUCUCUCUCUAAAAGUACUCAUCACUAUGUAAGAUAAGUAGCAUUAUAUGUGCUAUGACCAGCGUGGGGAUCCCAGGGUUGUGAUUAUUAAUUGUUGAAUUGAAAAGAUGGUUGUAUUAUCGCUGUAUUCCAAUGCUUCAGAUUAGACUUCUUCUUUGUAUCAUGUACGGAGUACAAAAAUGUCAGGGAAUCAAAGAAACUUGUAUUUUUCCAUUUUACAGUAUAGUUUUUGCUGACUGCUGUGAAUAUUUAUAUUUACUGCAAAGGAGACUAUAUAACUUAACCUGGGAGAUCACAUCACAAAAUAACUUCUGCAGGUGCCUUUACCUCAUUACAGUCGUCACUAUUACUCAACCUUAUAGCCAACAACACCUGAGCUUUAUAGUCACAUUAAUCUGCAGUUUUUCAGGGAACUUAAUGGUCCUUCUGUAUUUCAAAUCCACCAUCUCAUUUAUUUCCCAUGGGAUGUGCUGUUUCAAAUUCUACUUUAUGUAUUGUUUGAUCAACUCAGAGUGAAAUUUGACUUUUGUGUGAAAAGAAAGGUUUUAGCUCAUCUGAUAAAUGGACGCAUGCUAACACCAAUUUGUAGGACUAUUUGGGAACUAAUAUGAUGACACAAAGAUUGGAAGCCAUCAGGAGGGCAAGACCCUGCAAAGGUCGUCUACAGGCAGCCUACCGCUAUCCUCUUUUGAGCCUGCUAUUUUACGCUAUCAGUAGUUUACAGCAGGGGCUGCUAGUGAUAACACAGCUGAGCACAUCUCCAACUCCGAGCUCUUACUCUGUGUCCAGACAUACAAGUUGCUCACUUUAAUUGUUUGGGACGGUGUGUUUGGCUAACUGGCGAAGUUACUAGUAGGCACACUGCUGAGUACAUCGCCACCACUCAGCCGUUGUAAUGCGGGGAGUCAGCUUGGUGAGUUUAAUAUUGUUUUUGGUAAGAUUGUAUAACGUGUCUUAUAUGACGACUUUGAGCCGAUUGCCAGUAUUCAUCACCGCUUGUUUUUGACGCCAGUCGUGGGUUGUAUUCAAAAAAGUUUGUGCAAAAUGAAAGAAUAAGUUAAUAAAUAAUAUAUUGUAUCAUAGCUGGUCAGUGACGAUAACAAUUACAUUCUGAUGAUAUUAAUACACUUAAUUAAUCAUCAUCAUUAAAGUAUUAACUAGCUAUCUAAAUUAUAUAUGAUUUUUAAAGUAUUUAUUGACCAUUUCACAUUAUUUCAUUAUCAUCAAUUGCAACAUCGUAACAGCCACUAUGGAUUCAUUUUUAAAGAUGGUUUAUAAACCAAUUAUUGAUAAUAAAUCGUUAAUUUUCAUUGUGAGUCAAAUAACCAUUAACUAAAAUGUUGAAGACUACCAAUUUACCAUUUCUUAAUGAUGGUUAUUAUAAAGAGUUAAGUCACGUUAGCUAUUCCCACUUCCCUUUUGCAAAGUACCCAUGGAUGUACAGUGAUAGCUGACUGUACCCAUGGAUGUACAGUCAGCUAUCACUGGAUUACUUUGAUGCUGAGGAAAAGUUUAACAAACUGUUCUGAAGCAGCUUUUUUCUCGGAUUUCUGAACGUUUAUUCCCAACUGACACCAAGUUAUGACUCUUUUAUAUUUGCAUCAAAUCAGAAACUACACUGGAGUAACUCUGAUUGGUAGCCCUUUCAUGAAUAAGUCCAAUCAAAGCUGGAUACUUUUUUCUCAAUCCCACUAUGUUCUUUUGAAUGUUCAUAACCGACUGGAUUCUUCACUGUUAUAUGCAGCGUCUAACAUCCCAGAAUGUGAAGUGUUACAAAUGGGCAGAAAACCAAGUCACGUAAGUUUUAAUAAUACUGGUGUAUUCUGUACAGCGUGCUGUGUGUAUGACCAGAUCAUCAUAUCCUUCUUCGAGUAGGUUAUAGCAAACCAGAAGAUUUUCUGACCAUGAUCCUGUGAUGCUUACACUUCUGCACUUGCUUGAUUCUGUCAAACUGCAACUAAUUCUGUCAUAUAUACUGACAUUUGUAUACUUGGGGAAAAAUGUAUAUGCUGAAAUAAAUUGUUAA